AUGGGAUUCCCCGCUACUCGCUCCAAGGCGAGCAGACCGAAGAAGAUCGCGGAACAACAAUAUACGCCAGAGACUCUAGAGAAAAUAGCCGAACUACUGACCAGCAACCCGGAGUACUAUACCGUUUGGAAUUAUCGGCGCCAGGUGUUGCGCAAUGAAUUCUCACGAGCAGCUUCAGCUGGCUCAAACGAAGCAGCUGCUGAGCAGAUUGCGACACUAAUCAAGAAUGACCUACUAUUCACGGUUCCCCUCCUGCGUAGCUUUCCCAAAUGCUACUGGAUAUGGAACUACCGUACUUGGCUGUUGGAUGAAGCCAAGCGUCUGCUUCCAGUACCUGCUGCGCAAAAAUUCUGGCAGGAAGAACUGGGACUGGUAGGGAAGAUGCUUACCCUAGACAGCAGAAACUUCCACGGCUGGGGUUACAGACGCUUUGUCGUAGAGACGCUGCGAGAGCUCAAAUCGGAGGAGCAGGAAGGGCAACAGAUGACGCAGACAGAGUACGAAUAUGCAAAGAAGAUGAUUGGCGCUAACCUCUCCAACUUCUCGGCCUGGCAUUAUCGCACGAAACUCAUUCAGCGCAUGUUGAACGAGAAAUCCGCUAGCGACGUGGAGCGAAAAGCGAUGCUUGACAAUGGUACGUCAUCCCCUUUGUCAUCUGCGUGGCCUGGAGACAGCGUACGAGUAUGUGUGUUGACAUAUCAUACUGGAAGAAUUGGACUUGAUCCAUCGUGCCCUUCAUUAUGGUUCUAUCAUCAAAACCUAAUGUGCGUCUUUGAUCCAUCCGUGGCGGACCAGACGCUGGCACCGCACUUGAGUGAUGCCGAACGCCUCGAUUACCUGCGACAGGAAAUCGACGAGAUUCAAGAGAUGUUGGAUGGAGCUGAGGAUUGCAAGUAUAUUUACCAAGCAUUGAUCGAUUGUACGAUGUUGGCCUGGAAGGUGGAGGGAAAUGCGCCCAGUGGAGAGACGAAAAAGAAGGUCCAGCAUUGGCUGUCGGAAUUGAAGAAGCUGGACCCGCUGCGACUCCAACGGUGGCUGGAUUUGGAACACUCCCUCAGCCGCUGA